GUUUGACCAGACGCUUUGACAUAACGAAGCACCGACUUGCGGAAUGCAUAUCGUCAGAUGUAGGGUGUGUCAUAAUGCAAAUUCUCAAGUCCUGUAUUAAUAUGUUAUUUUGAUAUUACCUGUAUUUGACGUUGGAGCACCACCCAAUCCUCUUCUGAGAAAAAACAUCUCAAACAUUUAAGAAGUAACAACAACAACAUAUAUCAGGAUCGAGAAUUCCCUUGGUAUGUCUGGUUUCACAUAGUCGAAGUACACUGACAGUUGGUUGAUGAAUAUUUGGAUACGCCAUAUAUAGGUUUUCUUAUGAUGUGACAUUUCAAAUAUGUCUUGUGUAAAGCUCCUCAGAACUAUCCAGUCACAGUGCUCAAAGGAAAGAAUAGGGCUGAAGUUUCUCCUUUCAUGUGGAAGAGACAGAAUUAUACGAAGAUUUUUGUCAUCAGCUGAAAAACGUCUCCGUGAACAAAGAGUGGGAAUGGUGUGGAUGCCGCACGAAACAGUCCAUGAUUUACCCAAGAACAAAGCUUCUAGCGGACUUAGCUUCUGCAGAUUGUGCCAGCUGAGGAAACUGCAUUCAUCAGCACCUGUAGGGAGGGAGGAAUCUCACAUAGAUGAAACUUCCGAAAACCAGGAGGAUUCAGAGGAAUCACUGCUUGAGGACAUGAAAUAUAGAGAGUUUCUGCGCGAGUAUUACAAAAUUCCUGACACGGGCCAGAGGUUAUUAGUCAUCCAGCCAGAGGUGAAGUGGGGCCCCAUGAAGCGCACCCUGACCACAGGAGAGUUACAGCUAGCGGAGGCGUGUGCCCUGGUAGACAGUAUACCAAACUGGAAAGUAAUUCACAAGAAAAUUUGCAAGACGAAGUCUUUGAACACCCGCUACAUUUUUGGCCGUGGCAUGCUGGAUGAGCUGACAGCAGAUGUGAGGUCGAGGAUGGACAUAUCGGCUGUGUUCAUCAGUAUGAAUAUGGUGACUGGGGAGCAACUGUCUACAUUACAGAAGCUGUGGGGCAUCCCUGUAUACGACAGGUACACUGUUGUUUUGGAGAUAUUUAAAGAACAUGCAAAGACUAAAGAAGCAAAACUUCAAGUGGCUUUGGCAGAAAUCCCUUACCUAAGAUCCCGACUGAGGGAAAUCCAUGAAGGCACUGUGAAUAGAUCAGCAGGAGGCAUGCAUUAUAUUGGGGGUUCAGGAGAGACUUACCUGGAGCUGAGACAUAGACUUCUUCAGCAGAGGGAGCUUAAGUUGAAGAAGGCCUUGGAGAAGGUGAGGAAUCAGAGGCAGAUGUUACGAGCAAACAGAGCCAGGAGAGACCUACCAGUGGUAGCUGUUGUGGGCUACACCAACUCAGGUAAAACAAGUUUGAUCAAGGCACUGACUGGAGACAAAAGCCUGGAGCCUCAAGAUCAGCUGUUUGCCACACUGGAUGUGACGGCCCAUGCAGGUGUUCUGCCCAAUCACAUGACAGUUCUCUACGUGGACACUGUGGGCUUUAUGUCAGAUAUUCCCACAUCACUCAUUGAUGCAUUCUCCGCUACACUGGAAGAUGCUCUUGCAGCUGAUGCUGUGAUCCAUGUGCGUGACAUCAGCCAUCCUGACACCCAGGCUCAGAGACAUAAUGUCCUCACCACCCUACAGUCCAUGUUACCAGAGCAGAAGCUGGCCACGGUGAUUGAGGUGUGCAACAAAGCAGAUCUCCUCACACAUCCCCUUGAUUCCCAGGACACGUUGAUCUCCGCCACCGCAGGUUUAGGGCUACGUGAUUUGUUACACCUGGUAGAGAAGACUGUGCUAGAGGAGACAGGCAUGUCCAUCAGACGUCUCAAGGUUCCUAUGGGUGGUUCACAUCUCAGGUAA